CGGAUGUGUAACCAUCGCCAUUGGCCCCGAGCAGUGUGUGGAAUGAAUGCCGCAUGGGGCAAGCAAGCAAUGGUCUCAUUCUAUUUGUCCCGUUACCGCGGGUUCGAGAUGGUUAACUUUUUUUGUUCGUGCAUUUCACACCAUUCACAGCCGUCACGAUGCUGCUCACGAGGUCGAAAUUUGGCCGCGAGCGGCCAUUCCCCGGUGUCUGCAGUCAGUGUUUGCAGCUCUGGGCAACCACGAUAUAAACACCCUGUACCGGGCCCGUACUUGCCUUCUCACAUUCUUCCCAACUCUGCAUACCAAACAAACCUCCUUAAUAUCUAUAUCGAUCCUUCAUCAUGGGCCGCUGGGCACCAUCCUCUAAUCGCGCGCAGGGCGACGUCAGUCGCGUCGAAGCUCCGGUUACCCUUCGUGGCUACUUGCUGUGCGUGUUCGCUGCCUUUGGCGGCAUUCUCUUCGGUUAUGACUCUGGCUAUAUCUCUGGCGUCCUUGCAAUGAGCUAUUUCAAGCAGGAAUUUGGACACGCCAAUUCUACCGAUGACAACGCCUAUAAUGGCUAUAUGUAUGCGACCUGGCAGAAGUCACUGAUUACAUCAAUUCUCUCUUGCGGGACUUUCUUUGGCGCUCUCUUCGCUGGCUCGCUUGCAGAUUGGAUUGGCCGUCGUACGACAAUUAUCGCAGGAUGUUUCGUCUUUUCUGCUGGCGUAAUUCUUCAGGUUGCGUCCACCACAGUUGCCCUUCUCGUCCCUGGCCGUCUGAUCGCCGGGAUUGGUGUUGGAUUCGUUUCCGCCAUCAUUAUCCUCUACAUGUCUGAAGUUGCGCCUAAGGCUGUUCGUGGUGCCAUCGUCUCUGGCUACCAAUUCUUCAUCACGAUCGGUCUUUUGCUUGCCUCGGUUGUCGACCAAGGGACGCACUCUCGCAUGGAUACCUCGUCCUACCGAAUCCCAAUGGCAAUUCAAUGGGUCUGGGCUUUGGUUCUUGGCACUGGUCUCUUCCUCCUACCAGAGUCUCCUCGGUACCAUGUCAAGAACGACCACCUCGAAAAGGCUGCUGAAGCUCUUAGUAUCCUCCGUGGCCAGCCCGUGGACUCAACAUACAUCAAAGAUGAGCUUGCGGAAUUGGUGGCCAACUACCAAUACGAGAUGAAUAAUAUGCAGUCUAGUUGGAUCGACUGCUUCCGCGGUGGAUGGAAGCCUUCUGGGAAUUUCCGACGUGUUAUGCUCGGGAUCGCUAUGCAGAUGAUGCAGCAGUGGACUGGUGUCAACUUCAUCUUUUACUACGGUACGACCUUCUUCCAGCAAGUCGGACUUAAAAAUGCCUUUGUAAUUUCCAUGAUUACCACCGCCGUCAACGUCGCCUCAACACCCAUCUCGUUCUGGACUGUGGAGAAGCUCGGCCGUCGUGCGCUCCUCAUCUACGGCGCCAUCGGUAUGUUGGUCUGCGAAUUCAUCAUCGCAAUCGUUGGCACCGCCGACGCUGGAUCACAGGCCGCGAACUACUGCCUCAUCAUCUUCACCUGCUUCUACAUUUUCUUCUUCGCCUCGACUUGGGGGCCGGCCGCAUGGGUCGUUAUCGGCGAGAUCUUCCCUCUUCCCAUUCGUGCGAAGGGCGUUGCUCUCUCCACCGCCUCAAACUGGCUCUGGAACUUUGUUAUCGGUGAAAUCACCCCGUACAUGGUCGACUCGGACGAGGGCAACCUCAAGUCCAAGGUGUUCUUCGUCUGGGGUGCUACGUGCACUCUGUGCGUCUUCUUCGCUUAUUUCUUUGUCCCCGAGACCAAAGGCCUGUCCCUCGAGCAAGUCGAUCGUAUGCUUGAAGAAACAACUCCGCGAACUAGCGCAAGCUGGGUUCCACACGACACCUUUGCAGACGAAAGUACUCGCCACGCUAUCGGCGUGAUGGCUAAUAAGGCCGCUCUCACUACUAGAGCCGAGCAUCAUGAGGAGAAGGUCUAAAUGCAUUCUCGAUAGAUCUCAGCUUGCCGUAAUGCGUUUUCUCCUCUCGGUUUAGUUAGGGGUCCAUGGAAUAGCUUCUAGCUAUACUUGUAUUUAAACUCGUUCCCGCAUGGCUAGGUAAAUGGGCGGAUUACAUGGGUGGCAGCACGGCGCUAGUGGACGACGUCUGUUUCUUUCUCUUUCAAUUAUUUCGCAAGUUUACUCAACACCAAGUAGUGAAUAGCAAUAAUACCUCUAAAU